CGGUCGGCGCUGGGGGCGGAGCGGGGGCCGGGCCGGGCCGGUCGGUGGCGGUGCGGGCGCGCUGUACCGUAGCGCGGGGCCAUGCCGUUCCUGGAGCUCGACACCAACCUCCCGGCCGGGCGGCUGCCCCCGGCGCUGGCCCAGGACCUGUGCGCGGCCGCCGCAGACAUCUUGGGCAAGCCGGCGGAGCGGGUGAACGUGACGGUGCGGAGCGGGCUGCCCAUGGUGCUGGCGGGCUCGGGCGAGCCCUGCGCGCAGCUGCUCGUCUCCUCCAUCGGCGUGGUGGGCUCGGCGGAGCAGAACCAGCGGCACAGCGCCCGCUUCUUCGAUGUCCUGACGGCGCAGCUGGGCCUCGGCCCCGAGCGGAUUUUCAUCCGCUUUUACCCACUGGAGCCCUGGCAGAUUGGCAAGAACAGAACAGUCAUGACAUUCCUGUGAUACCCUUGAGCAGCCGAUGGAACAAAGCAAUGAUGAAGAUAACCUAGAGAUUACCAGCUCCAUCUAAUUGUUUCCUCUUAUGAUCAAAUCUGUGUAGCUCUGCACUUCACCUGUGUAAUUCGCUUUUGUCUUUGCAUCCUGUGCACACAAAGCUGAAGAGUGGGAUGAUCAACUGUAUUAAUGUUACUGAAAUAAUUCAAGGUCUUUGUCUCAAGCCUGUCUCGUAUCCCAAAGGCUCUCCUGGUGUGGAGUUUUGGGAUCAUACAGCAUCUCGCUGUCUUCCGUGGCUGGUGUUUUCAGCUCACUGUCCCUGUGGGGAAGCGUUUUAGGUUUUUAGGACCCAUAUGCUCCCUCACUUUAUAACUGAAAUACAUGAGGCAUUUUAGUAAAACAAAAGCACAGUA